UACACUUUUUUAACGUGUCCACUACUCUCUCUCAUCACUAUCCGUUAAACAAACAAAAAAACAAGUUCCGCCUGAAACAUCUUUGGAUCAUGAGCAAUGAUCCGUAGACACGUGAUCCCCACGUGACCGUUCUCCCUUCAGAUCUCUGAUCCACCGGAAAAAGAAAGACUGUUCCUUUUUCUUCUUCCUCCUCUCUUUCAACAUCACCACAUUUGCAAACACACACUCGAAAUGGCGACGAUGAGCACAACCCACAGGUCCAGAACCACUCACGGAUCCAAAAGACUUGUUCUUUUAUCUUUACUCUCCGUCGCAUUGCUCCUCCUUCUUCUUCUCUCCUCGGCCUUCUCCGUUGAAUACUUCUUCUCGAGGAGGACUUCUCGUAGCAAGAGACAACAACACAGCUUGUCGGACAAGUACUUGUACUGGGGAGACAGAGUGAACUGCCCUGGCAAGAACUGCGAGGCAUGUGCCGGUUUGGGACACCAAGAAUCCAGCCUUAGAUGCGCACUCGAAGAAGCCAUGUUUCUCAACAGGACGUUUGUUAUGCCUUCUCGGAUGUGCAUCAAUCCCAUACAUAACAAGAAAGGUUUACUCAAUGAAAGUUUUUGUGUUGUGUGUUUUGUUGGUUGGGAAGUGAGCUCUUGUGCAAUGGAGUCAUUGUAUGAUGUUGACCUCAUCUCAGAGAAGAUCCCUGUGAUCUUGGAUGACUCGGAGACUUGGCACAUUGUGCUGUCUACAGGUAUGAAGUUGAAGGAACGAGGGAUUGCGCAUGUGAAUGGAGCUACUACUACUACAAGUAGGCGUGAGCUUAAUGACUCUACUAGUCACUAUGCUAAUCUUUUGCUCAUUAACCGAACCGCAAGUCCUCUCGCAUGGUUUGUUGAGUGCAAGGAUCGAAUUAACCGUACCAACGUCAUGCUUCCUUAUUCAUUUCUCCCUAGUAUGGCAGCACCAAAAUUGAGAAAUGCUGCAGAAAAGAUAAAAUCACAACUGGGUGACUAUGAUGCAAUCCAUGUUCGUCGAGGCGACAAACUGAAAACAAGAAGAGACAGGUUUCACGUUGAAAGAAGUCAGUUUCCACACUUAGACAGAGACACACGCCCGGAGUUUAUCAUGACCAGGAUACACAAGCAGAUUCCACCAGGGAGAACUCUUUACAUCGGUUCUAAUGAGAGAACCCCUGGAUUUUUCUCGCCUCUCUCUGCCAGGUACAAAGUGGCUUAUUCGUCCAACUUCAGUGAGAUUUUGGAUCCUGUAAUAGAGAACAACUAUCAGUUGUUCAUGGUGGAAAGGCUGAUAAUGAUGGGUGCAAAGACAUUCUUCAAGACGUUUAGAGAGUAUGAAACGGAUCUUACUUUAACAGAUGAUCCUAAAAAGAACAAGAACUGGGAGAUACCUGUUUACACCAUGGAUCAAGAAAAAGAAGAACUAAAGACUACGGAAUGAUCCAGACAAAAGAGUCCCUAUACCUAAACUUGUGUAUGUAUUAAUGUGAAAGCAGAGGCAAUGAGGAGUUUCUUGUUCUUAGCUUCCUGGUCUGUUUCUUGUAUAUCAACUCAUUGAUAAUAGUUUUAUCGUUUAUUUUAGGUGUAAUUUGUCAUCUAUGCCGAUUUUUUUAGAACA